AACUCAAGACGUAAACCCUAAUUACUUCCCCCUGCCAUUUCCUUUCAAUCUCUCAUCCGAAGUGAACCGCCAGAAGGCGCAGAUGGCCGGCGGAGCAGUGGAAGAUCCGCAGAUCGACGAGACGUAUGAGUUCUCCGCGCCGAGAUUCUUCGAUUUCAUCAACGACGAGACGGAGGAGGACAUGAGGAAGGCGGAGCUUUGGUUCGAGACAUCUCUCAGCUAUGCUCCCUCUCCUUUUAUGCCAAAGAUCAGAGAGGGUAGGUCUAUUCAAAUUGAUAGUCUCUGCGAUUUUGGAAAUGUUGAUGAUGAGCAAAAGGUGGGUUUCCAGAAGAAUAAACGUGCAGAUAUUUCAAAGGAAGAUAGCCAUCAAGCUGAGCCAAGAACUGAAGUAGAUAAGAUAGCAAGAAGUUCUAAGUACAAUCUUGAGUCAGAAACAAAUGUAGGCAAUACACAAAACCAAGAAGUAGAGAAAAAGAUAAACUCUUCUGAGUUGGAUUCUGAAGUAAACCUUUGCCAGAAUAAUAUUCUUACUCAGCAGGGGAUAAGGUCUGCAACCUCUGAUAGCUCCAGCAAGGAAGAAGUCCCUUCUUCUGAGGGUUCUGAUGUUCCUUUAGAUGCUUCUCCAGUUGCAGAAGCACCAGAAGUUUGCAAUUCUAAAGCGCAUUCUUCAGAGAAAGUGGCUGAAUCCAGCAUUGUGAAGAACAAUGAUAGUGUUGAAUCUUGCACUCCUAGAAUUCAGAAAAUGCCAGUGAAAGAAGUAGCACCUGGUAGUUCAAAGAACUUGACAGCUAGGAAAAUUGCCUUUUUCAUUCAACAGACUUGUGCUUCAAACCCAAAAACCAAGCCGCUUACACAUUCUUCAAAAAUCAACAAAGUAAAGAACAGCACUAAUAGGUUUUCUAGUGGCCUAGUUGCAAACAAUUUUUUGGCUAAUGAAGUUUCAGAAGAAAAUCAAGCCGUGAAAAGGCAAAAAUUGGACUAUGGGAAAGCCAGACAGAUUCAUAAUGUCAGAAAUAGAGUUUUACAUCACAAGUCAAGAUUAAAUUUGGCUAGAAGCACUGAUAUACAUUCAUCGGAGAAGGGAAUGGCUCCAUUUAUAUCUACUGCACAGAUGGUUAAUCAGUUUCAAUCCAGGACUAGGGACUUGGGUCUCUUUCAAACUAGAUCAUUUUCACAAGAGGACACCUCUUCAGUCAUUCAAAGAAGACCAAAACUAACCUUGACCAGGCCAAAGGAUCCUAAACUUGAAACAGCCCACAGGGUUCGUGCAGUUAGAAUAAAAAGUUCUGCAGAGCUAGAAGCAGAGAUGUUAGCAAAGAUCCCCAAGUUCAAAGCCCGUCCUCUAAAUAAGAAGAUUCUUGAAGCACCUGUGCUACCAGCAGUACCCAAAAGAAUACCAGAGACACCUGUUUUCCAGGAAUACAAUUUUAAGACGAUGGAGAGAGCAAAUCAUCAUGCUGAGACUUCAUCAGUAGUUUCCUCAUUGGAUACUUCUGUCCAGAGUCAGAUAAGACCCUUGAAAAUUACUGAACCAAGACCACCUCAUCUUGAAACAUCACUCCGAGCUCGACCUUCAAAGAUUAGAAGCUCUCAGGAAAUAGAGUUGGAAGAGCUACAAAAGAUACCAAAAUUUAAGGCUAGACCACUUAAUAAAAAGAUUCUUGAGAGCAAAGGGGAAAUUGGAGUAUCUUGUAAACCAAAGCCAGGAAGAACCAUCCAUCAGGAGUUCCAUUUUGCGACUACUGAUAGAUUGGGUCCUCCAACCGUCGCGGAUCUAUUUGAUAAUCUUUCACUGCAUCCUGAAUCUUAUCAUGGCAAGAAAGAAGUUCCUAAAAUCACAAAGCCAAAUCCUUUUCAUCUUCGUACAGAGGAGCGAGGACUUGAGAAAGAAAAGCACUUUGCAGGGCAACUGUUUCAGAAAGAUUUGGAAGAGGAGAAAAACAGAAUUCCAAGGGCAAGCACUUACCCAUAUACUACUGAUUUUCCAGUGAUGCCUCCUAAACCUGAGCCAAAGCAGUGUACAAAGCCUGAAAUCUUCCAAUUACAGAGCUUAGUGAGGCAUGAAGAACAGAUGAAGAAGGCGUUAGAAGAGAAAGAAAAGAAGGAAAAAGAGGAGGCACAAGGAAGGAAUUUUAAAGCUCAGGCUGUUAUGAAAGAGGAUCCUCUACCAGUUCCACAAAGAGAGAGAAAAGUCCUCACUGAGGUCCAGCAGUUUGUGAUGCAUGCAGAUCAUCGAGCUCUUCAGAGGAAAGCCUUUGAUAAAAAGAUAAAGGACAAAGAAUUGACAUACAAGAGACUUAGAGAGGAGCAGGAAUCUGUAAAGAUGAUCGAAGAAGAGAAGGCAACGAAGCAAAUGAGGAGGACGAUGAUGCCUCACGCGAAGCCCCUUCCAAAAUUUAGCAAUCCAUUCAUCCCUCAAAAAUCUAUGAAGGAAAACACAAAACCAAAGUCGCCGGGCUUGCAUGUGAAGCACAGAGUCGAGAGUCGAAGGGCGUUGCAGCAGAUGAGAUGAUUUGGCUUCUGCCUGUGACUGGACUUGCUUGUGAAGCAGAGAGUCAAGUGUCGACAGGUAUUGCAGCUGAUGAGAUGAUUCAACUUCUGCAGUUGUUCAUCGAUGACGAACCAGCAGUCUAUGUUUGUAGAGUUGUGUAGUAGACAGACUGACUCCACAUUGUGCUUGUAUUCUACGCCAUCAAAUUCUUUUGAUGUUGUAUUCAUAAUUUGACAAAUUUGAUUUGCAGCAUAGAUUCUGCAUUGACUUUGUGGUUUGCAUUAUUUUUUUUAAAUAUCAGCUUAUCUUUC